GGAAGGAGUACUGUGUGGCUGCUAUGUUUAUUGAUCUGCUUAUGACAUUUAUAUCCUAUUUUUCCUCCAAGGAGCAAGGUGACAUGCCUAUUUCUCCUUCUCCCCAUUUUAUCCUCACAACAAGGCAGGUUAGGCCGAGGGUGAAUGUCUGGCUCAAGGUUGAGGCCCCGGGGAUUUGAACCCGGGUCUCCCAGGUCCUAGUCCAAGACUCUGACCACUAUGCCACACUGACUCUCCUAGAACCUUGGCAUGGUGGCUAUGUAUUUGAUGUCACCAAUUGCCAUUGCCUAGCAACUGAAUGCGCGUCUGUUUGAGCUGAGGUUCUUGCUUCCUCAGCGAGUAGAGGUGUGAAGAGAUCUACUGUGGUGGUCUUUGCUGAUUUUGUUGACAAUAUGCCAUCUGAAAAACUCCUGAAUGUAAGCAAAUGUUGACAUUUCUAGUAGUCCUAGCUCUAGGAUGCAGAAUACUGGUUUCACAAAGUUUGGCAAACAGCUAUCCAAGGUCAAAGAAAGGCAGGUUUUUGGCAGAGAAAAGUGAAGGUUCUCUAGGAUGUUAGCAUUAUAUAUAGUAGUGGAUCAUAGGAACCAGCUCCUAGGGGCCGAGGUCCCUUUGCCCCCCCCCUAAAAUAUUUGAGGGGGUCACCCCCCCAAAAAAAAGUUGAUGAGCAUUGCCAUUCAAAUGCUGUGCAUGUCUUGCGAUUGAUUGUGUGGGGAGGGGCUUACCUCCCCCCCAAAAAAUUUUUUAUUUAACUUGGCACCCCUGUAGUAGGUUGGAUAUUAUGUUAAACAGGUAAAAUUUUAUGCUAUGUGCAUACUGUACUCCGUUUUAAAGAAACAUUGUGUGUGAAUCCUAUAGUACUGUUCAGGGGAGAGUUAAUUUAUAUUUAUACAUGAUUAACGUUAAUUUUGUAAUAUAGUUUGACAUGGAAAGGGGGGGACACAAGAUACGUAUAUAUAUUUUUAGCCACUACUGGCACAGUUUAGGGGUAGGAGAUGCUUUAUGGAGCUGGUCUUUCAGCAGAGCUGAUAGAGGAGCCCUGCUUUCCCCCUCUCCCACUGAAUGAGUCUAAUGGAAUGGCUGCUCCCAGGUGGCACUUGAAGGAGGGGAGACCUAACAGAACUCUAUGCGUGUAGUUAGGAGAGCAUAUGCCGUCAAACUGGCAGGUGGAUUCUUGGUGCCGGUCAUAAAGAUCCUAACUGUGGAUUAGAGGUUUGGGUGAAUGGAUGCUGGGAUUGACAGUAGAUUCUUUUUCUGGCAAAGACUGUGUGAGAAACCAUUCUCAAAUGAUAUGGAGAGCAGAGAAAUCCAUAUUCUUUCCAUUUUAAUGUAAACCUACUCCCAACUGCUCUUCCCAGAUCAACACACCAAACAGAAUGUUGCUUUGAGAGUUGCCAUUUCCCCUAUUUUGCAAAGAGGUUCCCCGCCCCCUAAAUGCACAUAUUAGCAAAAAAGCAUGCAUAUAAAAAGCAUAAACUGGUGAAAAUAAAAUUCAGAAAUGCACCAGAGAAGGCUGCUUUCAGAAAAGGUAACAUUUAGAUGAACUUGAACACAAAAUGAAUAUAUUAGGAGAAAUGCACACUAAAAAUGUGGGAGGGUUUCCAUUAGCACUUAAAAAGAGAAAUUCCCAAAUUGGUACAGCCAAAGGAGCCACUAAAUUUUCUUCAAAAGAAGCACAGUGUGUUCAUAUGGGGUGGGGGGAAUAUGCAGGUGGCAUUGCAAGUUAUUUCCAAAGGAGCAAGACUCAGGUAUUGAUCAUCAUGAAAUAAUCCUAUAUUAUAGAUGCUUCCCAUGCACAGUGCAGAAGGGAGUUUUGAUGCCUUCAGGGAUUUCUCUAGUUCCAAGGAGCUCUAGCUAAGGGGACCAGCAUUUUGGGUAUCAAAAGCCAGCCAGCCCAGGACCACCCAGUGGAUGGUCUACCAUCAUCGGCUUGACUGCAGGUUUCAGAUCCUUGUCAGGGUAGAAGCCAGUGAGGAGUAGCUACCCAGGGCAUCCUGACUUAUCGACAAGACCCUAUCUAAUCCUUAACCUUUCCAUUGCAGGGAUGCUGAAAUGGAUUGUGUGGGGCCGAAUGCUGAUUAUAAUGGCUCAGUGCAUCCUGAAUCCAACCAGUGGACCAACUCCACCUGUAUUCAUCAAUACACAUUUGCAAGGGUAAGUUAGUACUGUAUAUCAAUAGGUUUCAGGGUGCCAUGCAGCCAGUGAUAACUCCAGCAGAGCUAUAUCACUGGAAAGCAAACUAUCCAAAUAAAUGUGAAAUAGGAUUUUUUUCAGUUCCACUUGUGGAUCUGUCUGUAGAUACAAUUAGACUCUGUUUAUGGCACUCCCUUCCCCAAGAGUUCUGCUUGGCUCCCUCCUUGAUUUCUUUUAGAUCAGGUGUGGGGGAUCAGCUCCAACUCCCAUCAUCCCUGGCCCCUGGACAUGCUUGCUUAGGGUUGUGAAAGCUGUAGUUCAGCAAUAUCUGGAGGGCCAAAGAUCCCCCCCCCCCGGUUUUCAAUGAAUAGUAAACCCUUUCUGCUUCCAAGCAGUUUAGUCAUGCUGGCCACAUGACCCGGAAAUCUGUAUGCGGACAAUCGCCAGCUCCCUCGGCCUGAAAGCGGAGAUGAGCUCCACACCCCAAAGUCGAAUUCAACUAGACUUAACCAUCCAGGGGUCCUUUACCUGUGCUGGGAGUGAGGGAAAUGGCUGUGGUGGGUUGGGAAUCUGUGGGGCUUGCUCAGUAAGUUUCUCCAUGAGGAGGCCAGGAAGAAGAAGAAGAAGAAGAAGAAGAAGAAGAAGAGGAGGAGGAGGAGGAGGAGUUUGGAUUUGAUAUCCCACUUUAUCACUACCCAAAGGAGUCUCAACACAGCUAUCAUUCUCCUUUCCCUUCCUCCCCCACAACAAACACUCUGUGAGGUGAGUGGGGCUGAAAGACUUCAAAGAAGUGUGACUAGCCCAAGGUCACCCAGCAGCUGCUUGUGGAUGAGCGGGGAAUCGAACCCGGUUCACCAGAUUAUGAAUCUACCGCUCUUAACCACUACACCACACUGGCUCUCCCCCACCCCACCCAUGUCAGGAGUUUCCCAAUCUCAGCCUCCCUCUGGAUACCAGAUCAUUUUCUGCCUCGUGGCAACUGGCAAAGGUUUUGGAGCGUUCCCACAUUAGUACACUAGCCAUUAUUAAGUUCUUUUUUAAAAAGCAACAGUGCAGAAGCUGAGAAGGCAGGGACAGCCCUCUUUCUUCUUGGCCAAGCAGCAAGGGAUGAAAUUGGUGCUCAUUUUCUCCAGCUGCAAAUACGCAGGUGUGCAGAGAGUCAAGAGUAUUCACCAGUCGCAUUCACCUCUCUAUAACUUGGCAGCAAAUGGAAAAGUUCGUGAUGAAGCCAGGCAGGUGAAAGGGUGGCUGAAGCAAAACACCCUUCUGGCUCCUGAACUGCUGCCCAGAGAAUAAAAUGGCUCUUUCAGCAUAAUAAAUGGCCAUCCCUGAACCCAUGGAUCCAACAGCUGCUCUUGUUUUUCCAUCCACUGCGACUACGAAGAAAUCUGGCAGGAGGUCUUGAGAUCAGUAGACCACCAAAAGCUCCUGCAUCUGCUGGCUGAAGAAAUGCAAAGCAGCUUCUUGACAAAAGUCUGCCAACCACAGUUGUAAGGAUGAAUAACCUGCUUUCUAGCUUCCUUCGCCCCUAAAUGUUGGGGAUGGGUUACUUACAUUGGGACCUUUGUAUGUGGGGAGGAGAGAGGGUUAAAUAUUUCUUCUCCCCGAUUCUUGGGACACAGAGAGUUGCCUCCUACCAAGUCAGAGGCAAUGUUGUCUGCAUUAACUAGCAGGGGCUCUCCAGGGUUUCAGGCAGGGAUCUCACCCAACCCUACACUGAACUGUCAAGGAUUGAACCUGGGACCACCGGCAUACAUGGCAGGUGCUCUACCACUGAGCCAUGGCCCCUUCCCCUCUGCAAUGGGAGAUUAAGAGAAGUGAAUGCUACUAGUUUCAUAUUUUGUUCAUGGUGACAUCUGAGAUGCCACCUAAAAAGACAGGCUUUGUACACCAGAUUUUUAGCCCAGACACCUUCAUGAAGGGAUUCUCUGCCAUGUUGAGGUAAGAGGAAGAACAAGGUGAUGGAAUGGAAAACAGAGCUCAGCACAGGGGAUGGGAAUGUGCCUAUUUAAAUAGAUCCAUUUCAGGGCUCUUGGAAUUGGACACUGGGUGUGGAUCCCUCCCAUGGUAGCAUGCAUCAAAGCUGUCUUUCACCAACGAAGAGUUAGCUGGGGUACCAGAAAUAGCUGCAGCUAUCUACAUUGUGGUGAGGUGUCCUGACUCUAGAGGAAAUGGGUAGAGCAAGGAGCCCCAUGUUUCGUUUCUGCUGUCUUCCCAUUAACAGCUGAGAGUCCCCCCAAGCUAAAUUAUUGGCCCCAACUGCCACAGUUAUGCCAUCACUGGCUUCACUCAAGAGACUGUGAAGCAAAGCAAGAUCUCUGCCCCAAACAACAUAUUUUGGUUGCUGUUACAAGAUAGCAGAUGAUGAUGUAUUUAUUAAAUCUCUGAGGGUGGAGGGGCUAUUGAAAUUUUCUACCUAAGGCCAUCCAGUAAUGGUGUUUUGUGGGUGGCUAAAGGGAGUAUUUUUCCCAAACUCUCCCAUUUAAAAACGUCCUCCAGAAACAGACACCCACACACCCCAAUUUAGAUGGCAACCCCAAUGGGGGACACCACCCUCCUGGAUGGUGGUUUUGAACAUCCGGUUCUUAUUCAUGCUGUGAGUCCUGAACAAAGAAAUCUGGUGGGCUGCUUUUACGUUACUGAAGUAGCCCCUUUCGCCUCAUUGCAGAUCAUCUGCAUUAUCUGCAAACCAGCAAGGUCAAUGCCAAAGGAUCGGGAACGACAACCAUCCUCUGUGGAGGACGGCAACUCCCUCAAACCACAAAAUUGCCCCUUGACAACUAUCAACACCUCCAGCCGUUGUCUGGCUCCCAUCAAUGGACUAUGUACUUAAUGGUCUCUAGUGCACAGGCAGGGACCACUUCACCUGGGGUUCCAUUCCCAGCCCCUGCUUUUGUCAGCGGCAGAUGCAUGAGUGCACUCUGCCCCAUUACAUCACAUGUCACCCCUUUUCAGCCCUGCCCCAUUCACAUUUCACCUCCGUUCUGCCCUCUUCCUGGUCCAGAAGGACCCCCAUGUCAGCAGUCGCACAUCAACUGGACUCUUUGGGCACUGCCUCUUUGUGAGAUUUUUCCAGGACACUGAUUGUAUUCAUUCAUUCAUUCAUUCAUUCAUUCAUUCUCUUGUUGACCAUUUUCAUCAUUAUUUCAGGGUUCUAGCUUUUGCCAAAUCUUUUUUUAUUGAUUUUCAAAUUUCUACAAAUUGAUCACAAAUUAAAACCCAUUUUACAUUUUCCCAAAGUAAAACCCUCACUUGCACUCUUAUAUUUCCAGUCACGGGGAUAAGAUUCUGAACCCCUACUUAAUACAGUAAACAUAUGUUUAAAUCCUUGCAAUCAUAGACGUUAACAAAAAUAAUAACAAAAAGAGAGAUCUAACCCCCCCCAUAAUUUUCCAAUCAUGCCUUUGCUCUAGUGUGAUUCCCCUUCAUCGCAUAUACAGCACAACAUGACAAUGACUAAUCCCCCUCAUCAGUAUGAUUGGCCUAACUCAACAACCUACCCCACACACCAAUCAUAGUUAACGAAAAUAAUAGCAAAAGAGAGAGCGCCCCCUUCAUAUUUUCCGAUUUCAUCCAUGCAGAAAUGGCUAUUCAAGCCUUGUUUUAUUGUUUCAUUAUACUGUUCGCCUGCUGUUUUUGGUGUGGUGUUGGUUUUCUCAAUCAAGUGGUUUGUAUAAAUUUUACGAAAUGAACAACUGAAACGCUUUUACUUGUUGAGCUAUAUGCUCUAAAAGGCGCACGUUUUCCGAAAGGGUGGCGGAAUGUUCUCUUUAUCCCGGAAGAUCCUCUAGUGAGCAUCACUCUACACUUUCCUAUCUCUCUAUGCGCAACCCCAACACACACACACUCUCUCUCUCUCUCGUUCGUGGUGCGGCCUGAUGACGCAUAAAAGCGUGCGCCGCGCGAAGCGUCUGUUUGCGGAAGCAGCUCGGGCAAAACAGGCACCUUUCUCGCCUUUGCAGCGAUGUCGCCGGCAGCGGUAGAAGCCGGGCCCGCACGACUCGUUCGGUCCGCCCAGAAGGACGAGCUCUAUCGAGGGGCGCUGAGGAGCGGGGCUGGGGCUGCCUUGGGGGGCCUGGCAGGUGAGGAGCCGUCUUGACCCCGGGCAGAAUUGCAUCCUCUGAACCGCUUUGCAAGACGAAGCCCAUAUACCGGAUCUUUUUUCUUUCUUUCUUUCUUUCCGUUUUAUAUCCCACUUUCUCCACCAAGCAGCAUGGUUCUCCCUCUCCCCAUUUUGUCCUCACAACAACCCUGUGAGGUAGGUUAGGCUAAGAGGCAGUGUCUGACCCCAGGGUCACGCAGUGAGCUUCAUUGGCUCAGGGCGGGGAUUCGAACCCUGGUCUCCUAGGUCCUAGUCUGAAACCCAAGCCACACUGGAUACAAUAUCUGAGUCAUUUGUGUGUGUGAGAGAGAGAGGGAGAGGGAGAGAAGAGGGGUUGGGUGGGGGAUGAACCUGGAAAUGUAAAAAGCAGCUUUAUAUCAGGUCAGGGUAUUGGCCCAUCUAGCCAAGCAUUAUUAGUUGUGGCUUCCCAUAGCUCUCCUGGGCUGAGAUCACCGCAGGUAAGAACUGACGCUCCUUUCACCAAUGGCAGGAGAAGACACCUUUGGUGAAGGCGCAAGAGGAUUCAUUGGCAGAGUACCUCAGCUUGCGUAACACAAUGCCUCGUUUAACUGUCGAACUCGCUCCUGCAGGAGGCAGUGAUGGCCACCAGCCUGGAUGGCUUUAAAAAGGAAUAGGCAAAUUCAUGGAGGAGAAGGCUACAUGAAGGCUACUGGUCAUAAUGGCUGCCUCUACAGUCUGAGGCAGUCUGAAUACCAGCUGCUGGCAAUUACAGGAAGGAAUUGUGCCCAGGUCCCGCUUGUGGGUUUGCCACUGAGAUAUCUGGUGGCCACUCUGAGAAUGGGAUCCUGGACUAGAUGAGCCAUUGACCUGAUUCAGCAGGCUCUUCUGUUCUUUUAUUGAUGGAUAAAGGUGAUUGAGACUUGAGAGAGGACUGUAUCAAUAGUCUGUGAUCUGAAAAUUGCAAACAUCUUUGCUUAUCCUGCAACCAUUGAGUUGCAGUGCAUAUCUUGCAUACAGUCUAGCUUGAAGUGUAAAUUAUCUUUGCUUAUUGCAUUACUAGUGUGGGUAUACAGUAUGUGCCUGUGGAUUACACUUCAUGCAUCUGUUUACUCCACAAAAGCUUAUGCCAUAACGUUCUACCUCUCUAGAAGUUGUAUCUGCACUAAAGACACUGGUUACUUUGUAAAUCUCAGUUCUUAAUUUUUUAACUUUCAUAAUGUUUUAUUAUUUGACCUAUGAAAAUGGUGUAAUUUCUUUUUCAACUCGUAUUGAAGUCAAAUUAUUUGGCAGGGCAUCUCUGUUCACUUUGUUCUCUAACACUGUCAUUUGCUCUGGCUCUCUAGGUGCUAGAAUUUGGUUGGAGUGGCAGAAGGAAAUUGAGCUGUUUGCUGAUAUAGCAUAUUUCACACUCACAACCCUUUCAGGUAUUUCACCCCCUAAAUUGUUCUGUGCUUGGUGCUCUGACUAAAUGUGCUGCCAUUUUAUGCUUAACAUUAAACUUAUCAGAUUUUCAGGACUGCCAUCUCUGUUUUUGUUUGUUUGUUUUUUUAAAUGUUCUUUAGGUUACCAAACUCUUGGUGAAGAGUAUGUCAAUAUUAUCCAAGUAGACCCAUCACGGAAGAGAGUUCCUUCAGUACUUCGACGGGCUGUCCUGAUUUCUUUGCACACUGUCUUCCCUUACUUGUUAGACAAAGGAUUAGUACACCUGGAACAUGAACUUCAGACAGAACCCGAUGAGAUGAGGACUUUGCAAAGCAGACAUUUGCGUGGAUUGUGGGGAAGGACUUUCUUGUGGCGUUGGUUACAGAAAUGGCUUGGCAGAUUAACAGAGCAGCAGAGGAAGAUGCUCUGUCAGGUUGUCCAUUUUCUCAGGCAAGGCAUUCCACUCCUUCGUAGGCUGCACCUGGCCAUCUUCUAUAUGAAUGGCAUUUUCUACCACCUAUCUAAAAGGAUGGCAGGGAUCACAUAUGUAAGUAGAAAGUAUUUGAUAGCCCUUUGAUGUUCUGUGUGCAAUACACUAAAAUCCCGUAUUUUGGCACUGUUUGCUGUGGGCAGCUCUCACUUCCAUCCCUGGCAUUGGGGCGGGGGUGGGGAAUAGCAUCAAACGGAACCAAGGGCUAUAUCCAAUGCUGGUCAUUCCCAAAGUAUACGUACUGAGAUUAAGGGACCCAAGUUAGUUAUAGUCAGUAAUUUCAGAUGGGUCUUCCCUGCAUAGGACUUGGUUGGAUAGAACCUUAAGUUUGGGCUGCCAUCCAGUUUCUGUCUCUCAGCACCCCGAGUUUCUGUUUCUUGUUAAAACUACCACAUGUACAACAGGAACAUAAUGAAGACUAGGAAUCCACUCUACCCCUAAAUAUCUAUGGUGCCAUAUUACUUAUUUGUAUGGAUCCCCUCUUUGUGGUCAAUUUAGAAUCGUAUGUAUUGCCAUAGCUCAGGGAUGUGGAGCCUGUGACCCUUUAAAAGCUGCUUGACUACAACUCCCUGUCAUCCCUGACCACUGGCCAUGCUUGCUAGGGCUGAUGAGAGAUGGGAGUUCAACAUCUGGAGAGCCAUAGGUUCCCACUGCUGUUCUAGAGGAGGGCUACUGUCACCAAUACCAGUAUGGUAUUCUGUUCUGUAUGCAAUUCAAGAUUCAAAAGUCAUGUGGGCUGGUUUCCAUUCUUUCUAAACAAAAUCUGUACUUGAAAUAGCCAUCGCACUGCAGUUCUCUAGGUUCCUUCACAGAUCACACAAAAUGCAUCAAUAUCAAGUGGUGGUUUUGUGUCUUCCCCCCUUCCAGCUGCGCUAUGCAGGAUUAGAUGGAGACAACCAGCAUGUUCGAUCAAGUUACAGGCUUCUUGGGAUCCUUUCAGUGCUGCACCUGGCACUAACAGUUGGUAUCCAUGCAUACAGCUUCCAACAGAGGCAGAGGGCAAGACAAGAAUGGAAGGUGCACCGUAACCUCUCCUACCCAAGGUAUGCUAGUGGCAUUUUGCUUACCAGAUGCUUACAGGGGGUGGCGUAGAUGCCUGGGAGCCUUAGGCUUGGGGAUCAAAUAUUCAGGCCCCUCUCUGGCCGUCAAAAUUGUGCCCAGGCUACAGCCUUCACUGGUGCUGCUUUGUACCCAGUGUUAAUGUAUGUAUUUGUUCACACACUGUUGGCUGUGUCCCUGCGCAACACUGACCCACAGCCCUUGGAAAGUAGCCUUGAAGGGAAAGCGGCCUGCAGGAUGAAAAAGGUUCCUGCUAGUGUUCUUGAACUAUGUACAGUGGUACCUCGGGUUAAGUACUUAAUUCGUUCCAGAGGUCCGUUCUUAACCUGAAACUGUUCUUAACCUGAAGCACCACUUUAGCUAAUGGGGCCUCCCACUGCCACUGCGCCGCUGGAGCACAAUUUCUGUUCUCAUCCUGAAGCAAAGUUCUUAACCCGACGUACUAUUUCUGGGUUAGCGGAGUCUGUAACCUGAAGCAUAUGUAACCCGAGGUACCACUGUAGUAGUAUUAGCUGGAAUGAAGGGUGGGGGCGCAUGCAGUGGCAUCUGAGCUGUGUUCAAAAACCUAGAUUGACUUAAUAUUGUGCUUGACAAUCAACACGUGUUAAGAAUGGCUAAAACUGUGUCCUGGCAUCAAAACUGGGUAACCAACUCAGUGUGUAAUUGAUCUGAUUAAAAUGAAUUAGGUAAUUUGAAUGGGUUGCUUAUAUUGUGCUUGCAAACACUGGGCUUUCAGUACAUGGAAUUCUCGGAACGUAAAUGGCAGAGGGUGAUAUAUUGGGAAAAGAAGGGAAAAGGAGAACCAAAAAGCCAGUAACAGUAUGCCUACCCCUACCUUGGAAAAAUAGCUCUUGUUGGGUGGCUUUGCAUCUUGUUGGAACUUGCUAAGUAACUUUGAAGAUCAUUUCCCCACACCUUUAUUUUUAGGCAGCAAGCAGUACUGCCCAGGAACAGCAGUCAAAAGUAUGAGGGCUAGGAGCGUAAUCUUUUUUAAAAAUGGGUGCAAAUGUUUACUCAAGAGUAGAUGACCUGAAAUAGACCCAUAUUAGUAACGUCACUUUCUUUCAUGUCUACUCUGAGUAGGACUAGCAUUGGCUAUAACCCUGUUAAAAAGCUAAGUUUCUCCUGAUGGUGUCAUAUGCUAGAACCUUGGCAGCAGAAGCAUCAUCUCCCUUGGGACAUUAACCUGAAGAGCACUUGUGCCUGACUUUGUCCUCUCUCAGAACCCAGCCUGAGGAGAAGUUCCUUGGCCGAAGCUCUCGCUGUAUUCUGUGCUUAGAAGAACGCCGGCAUGCUACAGCCACUCCGUGUGGACACCUCUUCUGCUGGGAAUGCAUCACUGAGUGGUGCAACACCAAGGUAAACAGACCCCCUCCUAGGAUGCUGAACUCUUAAAACAAAAGCAAAGUCCUGUCAGGUUUCCUUUUCGCAGUGGAAAUGAGAGCUGUAGGAAAAGAGGAGCCGAAGAAGUGGGUUCCUUGAAAUAGCUCCUUGGUUUAAUUCUUCCCAAUGUCUUACCAAAGGAGGAAACUACAUGUGAUUUGAGUUUUCAACUUUCAAUUCUAGCAGGUGCCAAUAUGCACUUGCAUUAUCUGAGUCUAGUUGAUAAUCUGUUAAGACAAUUCCUUAAUUCGGGGACGAGGAGCCUGAUGUCUUCCAGAUGUUGUUGGGAGUCCAGCAGCCCCAGCCAACAUGGCCAAUAGUCAGGGAUAAUGGGAGCUGCAGUUCAACAGUUGGACUCAAAACGACUAGACUGAGGGUUAGUUCCUAUUAGUUUUUAAGAACUGGUUUACUGUUGUAGAAUUGACUCUAGCACCUCAAACUCUUCAUUGAUAUCACAUUGCAAUGAAGGGCAGGUUAGAAAUGUUUUAAAUAGCAGCUCUAGAUACCACAGCAGGUAGCUUUUCUGCACUUCCACAGCAUGUACACAAUCCUGUCCAUAAAUAUAGCUCUAUGCCUGUAAGAGUUCUACAUACCAUCAAAAGCCCCUGGUACUGAGGGAAGGCCCAUGGUUCCAUUUGUAGAGAACUUAGGGUGUGCAAACAGGUAACUGUCAGAAAAAGCUAGCUGGAAAAAGACUUACAAACUGGGAACUGGGAGAUGUUUGUUUAGUUAAGAUAUUUAUUUUUCCUCUCCUGCAGGCUGAGUGCCCACUGUGCAGAGAGAAAUUCCAUCCACAGAAGCUGAUUUAUCUACAACACUAUCGAUAACAGCCACCUGUGCGGCUGUUAGAUUGCAAAGUGUUAGGAACCAACGAAAAUACUACAGCUUUUGACCAAGUGUAAGACUUUAUUUUUAUAUUAUGAUAUUAAAUUGCUGUGAUAAAAUUGAGCAGCUUAACACUUGAGUUGCACUGCCUGUACAAGGAGAUACGAACUUGUCAUCUUACAAAACAAACUUCUGGUGUUGAUCCUCUUUCUUUGUAGAACAAAGCACACAAAUCUACCUAAAUUCUGCUAUAACCCUUUUAAGCAUUGGCAGGCAUCUGCUAGACCUACCAGUAGUGUUCUCAUGACACUGUAACUCGUUGACAUUGAUGAAGCUGAAUGUUGGGGGGUUUGGGAUAAAAGAAAGUACUUCUUCACACAGCACAAAGUUAAAACUUUGGAAUUUGCUCCCAAAAGAGGCAGUGAUGGCCAGCAAUUUGGGUCGCUUUAAAAAAGAAUUAAGACAAAUUCAUGGGGGAUAAGGCUAUCAAUGGCUACAAGCCACAAUGCUUAUAUUCUGCCUCUGUGAGUGGAGGCAGUAUGUUUCUCAAUACCAGUCACUGGAAAAUGGAGGGGAGCGUGCACUUGCCUUCAGGUCCUGCUUACAGGCCUCCCAGGGGCAUCUGGUUAGCCACUGAGAGCAGAAUGCUGCACUCGAUGGGUCUAUGACCUGAUUCAGCUGGGCUAUUCUUAUGGGAAACUACAUUCUCUGAGAGGUAGUAGCUUAAUAAGAACAUUUUGCCUUUCCAAAAGAUACUAGGGCAUGCAUAUGGAAAUUAAUUUUGUGUUUGUGUGCUGCUAAAAUCCCCUGUGCCUAAUAAACUAUAGCUGUUGGUUAGUUUUUUUAAAAUAUAAAGCUGAAGUUCUAAGUUGGAAUGAGCGCCCUACAGUGCAGCAACUGUCAGAAAUUCAGUUUGGCAAAGAUUGGGGUAAUCUUGUACGGUGGGUACAUAAGGCAAAGAUAGCCAAUAGGGUGCCUCUACCGGCUGUUGCUGGACUCCAUCUCCCAUCAGACCUGGCAUGCAUGGCUAAUAGUUGGAGAGGAAGGGAGUUGUGGACCAACAACACCUGUAGGACUACUGGUUUGCCACCCUUAGCAGAAGGAAUAUACAGUAGAAGCUGCACCACCUGCAGCCAACAGCUACAGCUGGUGUGAACACGUUUCCACACAGGGGAGGGUAUGUGUCUGCCCUUCUACAUUGUGACGUUUUAGUCCUAGAGUAAUGCAACUGAGGUCUGAUACAGAGGAGAGCAUGAAUUAACCUCUGACAAAUUUACUUAGUCUACUUUUCGAGCUACUGCCCCAGCUCCAUACCAUUUUAUUAACACAUAUACUAAGAGAUAUUAAAGCCCAAUUGAUAUCACUGGAACUUGCUUCUAUGCACAGUGGUAAGGAUCAGGAUUAUUCAUUGCAAUUUUCUUUAAUACCUCCGAUCCCUUGUACAAUAUUUUUCAUAGUAUUCUUUAGAAAUGUAAACAGAUCCCCCUAUGACUGACUUCUAAGAACGUUGGGGUAUGGGUGUGGGGGCAACACAGAUUUUUCCCAUACUGCUGAAAGUGGGGCGAUCCAAUUCACAUGGCACAGAAUAUUUUACACUUAUCACAAGUCCGCCCAAUACAGAGUGAAAAUUUCCUUUUAGACUGAAUCAUGAGCAGCUAUGGUUUGCACAGUAAUGCAAAGGACUGUUUUCGAACAGCUAGAGUUCAAAUACAUUAUUCCAAAAUAUUUAAAUAGAAUGGGUUGCAUCCAAUGUUAAUGCUACUCUGAGUAGACCCAAGUUACUCACACCCAUUAUUUUCAAGGUUCUGUUCUACAUAGUACUUUGGAUACAACAUAAUGUUUAGAGAAAAAGGAAGAAAUGUUAACACUUAGUACCUUACAUUGGUUGUUAUAAAGACUACUGAACCCAAGAAAGGGACACUGUCUUUUAAUAAAGUUUGGAAUUUUAAAAAGUCACUUAAUAAAAUUGUUUAUAGCUGUAUCACAUUGAAAAAGUUUUACAUGCAGAUCAUUUAUUUCUAUAUUUUUCUCCAUAGAAAAUUAAAAGCUGUGUUAAAACCCACAAAGUCUCGGUCUGCCAUGGCCGGUGUAGAUGUACCUUGGAGAGGGCUACAUGAAGCAAACUUAAAAAGUUUUUUUAAGUAUCAAAUAAAAUGUGUCAAAAUACUCUCCACAUAAUAAUUUUUUAUAAAUUUAAUUCCAGACCUCCAGCAAACCCUGGCCCCCAAAAACAUGAUUGUUAAGAAUAAUAGUGAGCCAUUAUGAAAGAGCCAAAAAUAAAUCAGCCUUUCCACCAUAAAAGCUAAAUCAAUUAAUUCCUUUUCCACUUUGAAAAUAAAAAACUCAGGGUAGGCUUAUUUCAACGUUCACAAGUUUCCCUCUUAAGUAAUAUCACCAGAGGUCCUGUAAACAGCCUGUUAGUCAAAACCUGGGACAUUACAAAGCAGAAAACAUUAUCACUGUGUCUCAUCUUCCUCUGUAGAUGCACAAAGCAUUUCAACAAUGUACCAGGAUGCAUUCUGGACUAGAUCAACACAAAGGAACCCAAAAUAAAUAAAUACAGUUGUGGGAACUCCCCUGUUCCACACUAGGCUAUACUUUUGUGAGGAGGGGGUUUGAAAUGAAUGUUCUGCCUUCUCUUAUUACUCUGUCUUGCUAAAUGUACACCAGAAACUUGCGAAAUUGCCACUCAAAUCCUGCACUUCCAAGGAGCUGGAACCAGUAGCGUGUACUUCCUAUGAGAUGUUUUGAGAACAUGGGAUGACUCCUGUUAUGCAACAACAAAAAAGGGGGGAACAGAAGCAGCCCUUGGACAUAACAGCUCAUAUCCAAAGAAUAACAAGAUGAUAUGGCUGAUAUUCUCUUGCUGGGGGGGGGGGCGGGGAGCCUGACGCUCAAUAAACUGCAGGGGGCGGGGGGAGAAAUACAACUUCUUAGUCCCCACCCUCGUUAUUACUGAUGACUUGGUAUGAAGGAAAGAGGCAUCAUUACAAUGGCUCAAAACUGGACUUUUAAUUGUAAUGAAGGGAGUUGGUCAGCAGGCUCAGUAUAAUUUCUAGCUAGCAAAGGUCUUCCCCACAUCUUCCUUCCCUUUGUAUUUCCUCUUGCCGUGUGUGAAGGGUAUAUAUCGAUAUUUUAUCAUAUGCUGCAACAAAAGGGAAAGAAAAACACAGGCUUUUAGAGCACACCCACGGCACUCCCCUCCCUCUGCCCACUCCGCCUCAAACACCUGAAUGUGCUCAUGUGUUUAAACAGCAGUGGCUAUCCUUUUUGGAGGAACUGAGGGCCAUGGACAACCCUUUGGGGGCCACAUAUCAAAGUGGGUGUGACCAAAGAACAGUGGGCUGUACCAAUACCAGUCUUAGCUAAAGUAGAUCCAUUGAAGCUAAUGGACAUGACUAACUUAGGUUCAUUAAUGUCAAUGGCUCUACUCUUAAAGAGUAAAGGGACCCCUGACCGUUAGGUCCAGUCAUGGAUGACUCUGGGGUUGUGACGCUCAUCUCACUUUAUUGGCUGAGGGAGCCGGCGUACAGCCAGCAUGACUAAGCCGCUUCUGGCGAACCAGAGCAGUGCACGGAAACGUUGUUUACCUUCCCGCCGGAGCGGUACCUAUUUAUCUACUUGCACUUUGACAUGCUUUCGAACUGCUAGGUUGGCAGAAGCAGGGACCGAGCAACGGGAGCUCACCCCGUCGCAGAUAUUCGAACCGCCGACCUUCUGAUCAGCAAGCUCUAGGCCCUGUGGUUUAGACCACAGCGCCACCCGCAUCCCAUUGGCUCUACUCUUAGUAAUACUUAAUUGGAUACAAUCCACUUAUUUUUUUAAAAAAAAUUAAGGCCUUUGGGGGGCAUCACUAUCAAUAGGGGGAGCCUAUGGGAGCAAUUAGCAUUUUCUUUUAAAAGCUGGAUGGCCACUAAAAUGUUUUUUGAGUUCAAGUUUCACAGCAGGGGAUCCAAAGGAGAAGUCAUUUUUUUUCUUUUAAAAAAAUGGUGCUUUUGGAAGGAGGUCACAUUGGAAACAGCCCCCAGACUACCCUCAUCAGCAUUAGACAAAGCCUCAAACUCUACUCCAACUAUGGGGGUCUUUCAAAAAACCCCACCACCACUAGCAAUUUUUGAGCUACAACAUAGCCAGUGAUAUUGCCAUUAUGUUGGGGCAAUCCCUCUCUCUCAUGUUUAGGAGAAUCCACAACCUGGAAAAAAGAACAACUUGGUUAGAUUCUUACCUUGAUUUGCCUUUUCAUUGUGAUGCAGAAAAGCAUAAUGAAGUACAUCACAAGAAUUGGCCAAAAAACUGGAACAUUGAAAGCCUCAAAGAAUGUACAUGUCAUUGCGACAAGGAUGCCUUUAGUAGCAGAGUGCCUUGGAAGGAAAAGAUAGUUGCAGUUAGGUUGAUUGUGUACUAAAAUUCUUUUAAGGACAUUAAUGCCCAAUUCACAUACCAUUCCUGAUCUCCAGCAUUCUCCCCUCCACUUCCUGGUUUUCCCCAACUACAGUUUGCUGUGACACCUGAAUCUGCAAUUCAUGGUUAGUGCUAACGUCUGGAUUGCAGUCUGCAAAAAGAGGCUUCUGAUCAUCCUUGGAAAUCAAGGCUCUAAUGAUACUUUGCUGAUCCACAGCAAAUAAUGGUUAUAGAAAACCAUGAAGCCGAGGGAGAAACUUGCCUAGGAGAGGAGUGGGAAGGAGGACCAAGCCCACAGCAACAUUCCUGACAUCCAAGCCAUAAAAGACUAUUUCCACCUCUUACUCAGCAUUGCUAUCCUGCACCUCACAGCAGAAGGUUCUCUUAUGAUGCCUUAAGAGGCAGAAAAGAAGAUUCUAUCACUUAUGCAGACGAACCAGCUGUCUUUGGACCCUUCUUGUAGCUGUCACCUAGCAGUAGCCAUUUCAUCAGGCUAGCUGAACUGUUUCCAUUUCAGCUGGUCUCCGAGAACUUGGUAACCUAGGUUUAGUACCCAAGUUUGCUGCUUUUCCUCCUCCCCUUUCCCUCCCUCCCUCCUUCUGUGAUUUAUGUUAUGGUUAAGACUAAGGCUCAAUGCAAUACUGGUGGAUAUUUGGACUUGUGACGCCUGAGUUGAGCCUUCAAAUCAAGCAUACCUAUUAUGUGGAAGAGGUGGCUCAUACUGAAAAGGCACUACAAGGCCAGAGAUUUGGGGGAGGUGGCAACUGGGCAACUGUUAGGUACGCACUGUAAGGAAGGCGGCACAAGCUUGAGGCCAAAGAGAAGGCAUGCCUAUGAGAGGCAGGAGAACAGGAAAGACGAAGGGUCAGGGACUUGAAUCCUUUUGCAUUGCUAUUAAAACGUACUCACCAGAAUUUGAACUCUGGCAGCCUUCGAAUGAAGGGCCGAAACUCCUCAUUUUGUUUUGUAGGUAAUGAAGGACCCUCAUCUGAGAAGAGGAGGAAAUGCAAAGUCUUAGGAACUGCUUUCUUCUGCAUUUAACUCUUGCAGGUUCAACCCUUGGCAUGCCCAAUUAACAAAGUUCAGUAGCAGAUGUUUGGAGAGGCCUCUGCCAGAGACCUUGGACCGGCGCUGCCAAUCAGGAUGGACAAUACUGAGCUCAAUGGACAGCCUUAUCUGAUGUAAGGAGGCUCCCUCUGUUACUACUACCAUACUUAGAGCAGGUAUGAAUGACUGUGCUAGAGACAAAUCACCCAUUAAAGUGUACAAGGAAACAAAAAAUUAUUAACAGGUGAUCAAAGGGCUGUUACGUGCAAGAGAAACUGCAGCACAGAUCUCCACAAAGUAUGAAACAUGAAAGCAAUGUCGUUCCAGUCUCAAUUGGAGGGGAGGUAUUUUAAUCCACAGGGAAGUGAAGGUAGUAAUACAAAAUCAGGGAUUCUAACUCUGGCUCUGUCAAAACUCUGUCAGCAUUUCUAAUACAUCAUUUAUAUGUUUAUCCUAGGAUCUAAAAACGAAAUCACUCAACUCCUAGAAGAUGUCAUGUUCAGUUAUGUGCCAUGCAAUCCACAGGAUGUGGCUAGCACUGGUUGAACUCUUACAUUCAAACUUUACAGGAGUCAGUUGUUCUUGCUAUGAAAAUCCACACAGGGCCAUAAGCAAACAUACAGUGUUAUAACACUACAAAAGACACUGUUUUCUGUUGGGAUAAUUGGGAGUCUGGCCACUCAAUAAAGUUGAGAAGUGGUUGGCACUCCACACUAAAGUCCAGCACUCUUCAUACCCAUAGAUAGCAGGUGCAACUUAAAACAUACUAAGCUGUGCCUAAGUCCCCAAUAUGUUCUAGGUUUUCGUGUGUGUGUGUGUGUGUGUGUGUGUACGUACACAUAUCAGGUUUAGCAUCCUUUUCUCAUUGUGGACAUUCUCAGGACUCUCCCCAAGCUACAUCGCUCACCAGCCCUGCUUUGCACACACACCCUGCCCCCCUUGUGUGCUUUUGCCAGACUGGAAUGUGUACUUGAAGCCUUCUGAUGCUUCGUUCUUGCCUGGAUGGAGCAUAACUAAUGCAAUGCGUACAGAAACUAGCCUGUUAUGGAAAAGGUGAAAUAGACAUUUGUUGCUCUCCCCACUUUUGCCUAUGGCCCUGUCCAGCACUGGCAUGCGGUCCUCAGGCUGAAAAGGCUUCCCCACAUCUGAUAUAUAAUAAAUUCAUGCGACAACCAACACCCAUGCAAGAGAAAAGCAGGGCUAGUGAUGUUCUUUAUACCUGAGUCCUCCAUUAGAGAGGGAUCUACCUUUGGCGACAAGAAAGCUAUGAAAAGGUUUAGGUGGUAGAUGCCCAAGGCAUAUGUCACGAUGUACCAACCCUAGGAAGGAAGAAGAAAAUGUCAAAUGAGGACAUGGCUCUAAGUACAGAAACACACCUACCUACACAAAACUGCUUGCACACAAUCUGCAGUAUUUGACUGUAUGAGGGGGUUGUUGGGGGUAGCCAACAUAGUGCUCCCCAAAUAUUGUCAACUAUAACCCUUAUCAGCCCCAGCCAGCAUGAUGGUGGCUGUAGUCCAAAAAAAUCGGGUGGGUGGGCACCAUGUUGGCUAGUCUGAAAUGGUAGGUCUCAACAAUAUAUAGUAAACAAAUAAUGUUAAUCAGAUCCAGAGCAAACGAGGAUUGGGGAAUCUGUCUGUCCAUCCCCCUGAUGCUGUUCCCACCAUACCCAGUAAACAUGACCAAUGAUCAAAGGUGUUUGAAGCUGCUGUUUGAUUUCCCUAUCCCUGACCUAAAUCAACUAGAAGCAAGGAAUAAAGCAUAAUAAGAGGCAAACGGCAUGAGAGCAAAAGGGAAUAAAAGAGAGAAAAAAAGAGAGAGCAAAAGAGAUAAAAGAGAAGCAUGAUAUUUAGGGGGAUGGCAGAGAUCUUAAUAAAGUAGGAGCAAAUAAAGAUGCAAGUGUGGGGGGCACGAAUGUAAUGAACAAGCACACCCCGAGCCUGAAGAUUUCUCAGUGCAGAUGCAUCUUAAGGCUAAAAUGGAGGUGCUCAAAAGCAAUCCAAACAGAAAUCUGCUAUUCUCCUAUGGUGCUUGUUCCUCCACUUUGUUACAGUCGGAUGAAUUUAUUUUUCCCUGCAGC